AUGGAAGAAAACGUCAUACUGGAGGACCAAGAAACAGUCAAACAUCUUGAAGUUUUAUCUGGCUGUCGCGAGGUCUCUGUUUCUCCACCACUGACAUCGGCUGAAAACACAAUCCACUCAAGUCUUGGAAAGACUUACUCCCAUUCUAAAUGCUCUUGUGGUGAAUGCAUAGCAGGAUUCUUAAGUCCUCGAAUGCGCGUGUUUUUGGAAUGGCAUGCAAACCGGUGGUGGUGCUUCCUCCGAGAUAAUAUCGAGGAAGGGGAAGCCUGGACUCGGUUAAAUGCAGAGAAUUUGAUAUUCGCAUCUCGUGGGCUGCAACAGGAGCUGGCCCAGCGUAGAGCCAUGAGGGAAGGUUUUGCCGGUAUCUCCGGGUUCAUCGCAGCAUGUUUGAGCUGCAACACUAUUCCUACUGAAGAAAAUGUUAAGAAGGCUAUAUACACAGAGGAGUUCCCACAGAUUUGCCUGGAUUAUAUUUCGAGAGGUGGAACAAUUUCGCCUGUUGCUUCUAUAAUAUUCAAAGAAGCAUCAAGCGAGAACAAUUGGCUGGAUUAUGAUUUAUUCCAGACUGAAUACGAGGAAACUAUGAUGCAGCUCCCUGCAUGCCGAAAUGAUGGCGAGUUUACAUUUCUUUUCGACAUCGCUUUCCACAAUAUGCUCUACAAUGUCAUUCCCAAACCUAGAUGCUGCUCCAACCUAAAACAUAAAUAA